GCAUUCCGCCCGCGCGCUCGACACAGCGACCAUGGCCCGUUUGCGAUCGCUGUUGCAGCAAGUCUGCAGCAUACUGCUGCUACUGGCCGUCGGGUCACAGGCGCUCAAGUUCGAUAUUCAAGCAGGCAGCGGCCACGACAAGCACUCGCGGCGAUGCAUCCGCAACUUUGUCUCCAAGGACACGCUGGUCGUUGUGACAGCCAUUGUCGACGGCUACAGGGGAGACGGCAUGCAGCUGAACAUGCAUAUCACGGACGCGACGGGGAACGAGUACGGUAAGCCAAAGGAUAUCGCGGGCGAGCAGCGCACCGUCUUUACCUCGCACGCCGACGCCCCGUUUGACGUGUGCUUUGAGAACAUCCUAACCGGCUCCCGUUACGUCGAGCACCCGUUCCGACACAUCGAGCUGGACAUCGACAUUGGCGCCGAUGCCAAGGACUGGUCGGCAAUCCAGGCGACGGAGAAGCUGAAGCCGGUCGAGACGGAGCUGCGGCGCAUCGAGGAGAUGGUGGCCGAGAUAGUGGCCGAGAUGGACUACCUCCGCGCCCGCGAGCAGACGCUGCGCGAUACCAACGAGAGCACCAACUCGCGCGUCAAGUGGUUCGGCCUCGGCACGACCUUCCUGCUGAUUGCCCUCUGGGCGUGGCAGAUUAUGUAUCUCCGGGCCUACUUCAGGUCGAAGCAUCUCAUCUAAUGGCUGGAAUGGCCGGUCGGGACGGGCCGGGCCGGGCCGGGCUAAGGCGACUGGUUCUAAACUGUGGCUUUAGGGGGCAGGAGUUUACACACACCAUCUUUGUUUUACGCUUUACGCGGGCGAGCACGGGAUCAUGAUGUAUGUACUGUCCAUGUUGUGUCUUGGCGGCGGAACAAAACGAUUUAAACGAAAAAAUAAUUCGGGCGUCC